AUGGAGAAUGUCUCUACAGUCAAUGAGUUUCUUUUACUUGGCCUGACCAGUGUUCAGAAGCUGCAGCCUUUCUUCUUUGUGCUUUUCUUAAUCAUUUACUUGAUAAACUUGGUUGGAAAUGCAACUAUAUUAGUGAUUGCUAUUUUGGAACCUAAGCUUCAUUCCCCCGUGUAUUUUUUCCUGGGAAACCUUUCGUGUCUGGAUAUAUGCUACUCUUCAGUGACAUUGCCCAAAGUCCUUAUAAACCUCCUCUCCACUCGCAGGGCCAUAUCUUUCCUGGGCUGUAUCACUCAGCUACACUUCUUCCAUUUUCUGGGCUGCACUGAGGCCAUCUUGUUGGCCAUUAUGGCCUUUGACCGAUUUGUGGCCAUCUGUUACCCACUUCGCUACCCUGUCAUCAUGAACCCCCAGGUGUGUCUUCUCUUGGUAGCAGUGAUGUGGAUCACCAGCUUCUUUUAUGCUCUGAUGCAUUCUGUCAUGACUGCAAGCCUGAACUUUUGCCGCUCUCAAGCACUCAAUCACUUCUUCUGCGAUGUCAAGCCCCUCUUGGAACUGGCCUGUAGUAACACACUGCUCAAUCAAUGGCUUCUUUCUGCUGUCACAGGCAGCAUAUCUAUGGGAGCUUUCUUCCUGACUCUUCUCUCCUAUGUCUAUAUUAUUUGCCCCCUUCUGCUCAAGAAGAAAUCCUGCAGAAUUCUCCACAAAGCUUUGUCCACUUGUGCCUCCCAUUUCAUGGUUGCGUGUCUUUUCUACGGACCUGUGGGCUUCACAUACUGUCGUCCUGCCUCAGCCACCUCCAUGAUUCAGGACCAGUUGGUGGCUCUCAUAUACAGUGCAGUCACACCAGUGCUGAAUCCACUGAUAUACACGCUCAGAAAUAAAGAAGUGAUAUUGGCGCUGAAGAAAACCUUUGGUAUCAAGCCGUUUAAAGACUGCUGGCAGCACAACUGA